GUUUUGGUAUGGGAGCUCCUCUGUUUAGCUUUGGAUGAGGGCUGGCACCCGCCUCGUUACUGGUAGUGCCCGCCCGAGGAUGCGCUGAGCAGAUGUAGAUGACAGAGCUUUACGUGGUAACUGCGGUGAUUUCCAAUGGAUAGACGGCUGCGGUCUGGCACGGAUUGCUUCCGGCCUCGAAGGUGAUGAUGUCCGCAGCUGUAGUGCAUUCCUCAACAGCAAGUUUGAGAAUUCCAUCGCUGAAGCAGAUGAACACUAGAGAGAGCUGUGCUUACUCCAGGAUGGGGGCAGCUGACAGAACAAAGCAUGGAGAGAGCAGAAUGAGCAUCCAAGGGAAACAGCUCAAAGCAGCAUUGUAGAGCAACCUCCGGAGAGCAGCUGAGAAGGCUACCAGUCUGCAACGGGGAGGAAACAGGACCAUGGGGGUACAUGUCUGAAGUGGAGGCGGGAAGACGGCUUUUGGGAUGCUGAAAAAUCCGGCAGUCACACUGAGGAAUUUGGGCAAGGAAAAAAAAAAAAAAAAACAGGACUUUUGUGCAUUAAGCGGCUCAUUGGUUUGCAGUAGUGAGCAUAGGCAUCAUGCUGCAGGACUAGUCAAUGCUACAACAUUGGACUGAUGCUGGGAAUCGAAAACCAGGAGACAGCCAGACCUUGUGUGUGGGAGGAAUACGGUGGAUCACACUGCCACAUCCUGCUGGGAGCAGCCAGAGUGGGGGUUGCAGUGAUUCACAGGGACUGAGCGCUUGGAACCGGCUUUGGGAAAGGUUGCAUUGAGCGAAGUGACAUCCCGGGUUACCCUGAGACAUCAUGUCGAGCAAAAGAGCAUGGUGACUACCCUGCAGCGGCAUUAGGCUUGUCACCUCCUGUCUGCACUCUGGCAGCCAAAAUCAGCAGCUGGCCCUGUAAUGCUGCUGUGGUUCCGCCUUCCUGACAAUGCCCCAGAGUCCCGUAUCAAGCGAGGAGGAGAGGAGGAGCAUCUCCGAAUAUCCUGGGGGAGAGUCGGACUCAGACAGCUCCAGAGAGGGCACCGUCCCUGGAGGGAAAAACAAUCCCACUUCUGCCACCAGCAAAAUUAGCCCCAACCCUCUUUCAGCUUCUUCGGUAGCAGCAAGGAGAAUAAAGGAGAGAUCCAUGUCGGUUCCCGACGAUUCCAAUUUCAGUAUGAUGGUCUUUCGUAUUGGUAUCCCUGACCUCCAUCAAACAAAAUGCCUCCGAUUUAACCCAGAUGCCACUAUCUGGAUAGCAAAGCAGCAGAUACUGUGCACCCUGAAUGAGAGCCUGAAGGACGUCCUCAACUAUGGCCUUUUCCAACCAGCAACCAAUGGAAGGGAUGCUAAGUUCUUGGACGAAGAGCGUCUCCUUCGGGAAUAUCCGCAGUCCUUUGAGAAAGGGGUUCCCUAUUUGGAGUUUCGCUACAAGACAAGAGUUUACAAACAGACGAACCUUGAUGAAAAGCAAUUGGCGAAACUUCACACUAAAGCGGGUCUGAAAAAAUUCCUGGAGUAUGUACAACAUGGCUCAGCGGAGAAAGUGGCCAGGUUGCUGGACAAAGGCUUGGAUCCCAACUAUCAUGAUUCCGAAGGUGGAGAGACACCAUUGACCCUGGCUGCCCAAAUGGAAGGAACUGUGGAUGUCAUCAGGAUGCUUUGCCUGGGAGGGGCCCACAUUGACUUCCGUGCCCGUGAUGGCACCACAGCUCUUCACAAGGCUGUCUGCUCCCGAAAUUACAAUGCGCUCAUGACACUUUUGGACCUUGGCGGUUCUCCAAAUUACAAAGAUCGUCGAGGUCUGACUCCUCUCUACCAUACGGCCAUGGUGGGCGGAGACCCUAGGUGCUGUGAGUUACUGCUCUAUAACCGAGCAUACAUUGGCACAGUGGAUGAAAACGGCUGGCAAGAAAUUCACCAGGCCUGCCAGCAUGGCCACUCACAACAUCUAGAGCAUCUUCUCUUCUAUGGCGCUGACCCUGCUGCUCAGAACGCUUCGGGCAACACCGCUCUGCAUAUCUGUGCCCUGUAUAACAAGGAGACCUGUGCUCGAGUCUUGCUGUAUCGGGGGGCAAGCAAAGGUAUAAAGAACCACGGUGGACAGACCCCUUUCCAGGUAGCUGUUAUUUCAGGAAAUUUCGAAUUAGGAGAACUGAUCAAGAGUCACCAGGAUACUGAUGUGGUGCCCUUCCAGGAAUCUCCUUCCUAUGCUGUCCACCGUAGGGAAGGAGGAAAAGCUCUUUCUGUUCCCCAUGUCCUUUUACGUGCCAAUAGCGAUAACAGCCUAUCACUGCCCGACUGGAUGGUCUUCUCAGCUUCCACUGCCAACACUGUCUCUCUACAGGGGCAAAAGGCCUCAGGGGGAACUCUGAGAAGCUCCAGUAGCCCACGAGGGGCUCGAAGUCGAUCACCUUCACGGGGACGCCACACAGAGGAGUCCAAGAAACAACCUCGUGGACGGCCCAGUUCUAGUGGUUCUGCCAAAGAUGCCCCUGCUGGCGGUACUGUGAAUCACCGCAUGAAACGCAAACUGUAUUCAGCAGUGCCGGGACGCAUGUUUGUGGUCACCAAACCUUACCAGUCCCAGGGUGAAGGCGAAAUCUCUCUCAGCAAAGGAGAAAAGGUUAAAGUUCUGAGUGUGGGGGAAGGAGGAUUCUGGGAAGGAAACGCCAGAGGUCGCACCGGCUGGUUCCCUUCUGACUGCGUGGAGGAGAUUCCCACAAAACCACAGGAAGGAAAACAAGAGAGCCGAAGUGACAAAGCCAAGCGGUUGUUCAGACACUACACGGUUGGAUCGUACGACAGCUUUGAUGCUCCCAGUGACUACAUUAUUAAAGAAAAAACUGUGCUGCUGCAGAAGAAAGACAGCGAAGGGUUCGGAUUUGUGCUAAGAGGCGCUAAGGCACAAACCCCAAUUGAAGAGUUUACUCCAACUCCGGCUUUUCCUGCUCUUCAGUACUUGGAAAGUGUGGAUGAAGGAGGAGUGGCGUGGAGAGCCGGUCUCAGGAUGGGGGACUUUUUAAUUGAGGUAAACGGGCAAAAUGUGGUAAAAGUGGGCCAUCGGCAGGUAGUUAACAUGAUUCGGCAGGGAGGAAACAACUUAAUGGUAAAAGUUGUCAUGGUGACACGGAACCCAGAAAUGGAGGAUGCCAUGCGAAAAAAAGUGCCCCAGCAAACCAAGCGUGUAACUCCACCCGCAAUAUCUCUGCGUUCCAAAUCCAUGACUUCAGAACUGGAGGAAAUGGUGUCUCCCUGGAAAAAGAAAAAUGACUAUGAGCCAUCUCAGAACACAGAGAAGAAAAGGACGGUAUAUCAAAUGGCACUAAACAAACUGGAUGAGAUUCUUGCAGCAGCCCAGCAAACCAUAAGUGUGAACGAGAGCUCAAGCCCGGGUACACUGGCAUCUCUGGGAACAUCACGGUCUGCCUCAAAGAGCUUUUUUUCCUCAGAGCCAAAUUUUGGACAGCAUAGAGUUUCAAGUGCACAGUCGGUGUAUGAGGGUCCAUCCUAUUUAUCCUCUACACCGGGUCAGGCCAUGAUGCUGCGGCAAAAGUCUAUCGGUGCUGGGGAUGAUGAAAAGCCAUUUUUGUCUGCUCCCCCCAUGAAAUUUAACCGCAGUCUCUCCGUUCCUAGUUCAGAAGACAUACCUCCCCCUCCAACAACGUCUCCUCCUGAUCCUCCAUAUAACACUGCACCCCCCCCUGGAGCUAGGGUUAGCCCAGGUCUAAGGUCUAACUUUAAUCAAAGUGGAGACUCAAAAUUGUUCUCCCCUACAAUGCGACAGGAAUCAGGUCUUUUUGACCAACAAAUGAUGGAUGCAUCUCAGAGACGUGAGAAGCUACAGCCGCUUUACCACCAAGACACUGAGCAGACUGCUGAUGAGCAGAUCCGAAUAGGUAUGGCUUCACAAGCAAAUAUGAGAAGCUGGAGGUCUCAGACCCAGGAGAUGCGUUACUUUAAUCUACCUGCAAGAGCAGCCAGUACUGCAAUGUACGUUCCAGCAAAAGCCGUGCGUCGAAAAGGCCAACUAGUGAAACAAGUAAAGGUGGAAAAUGAACAACAGCAGCACUUGCAACAACAGCAACAGCAGCAAUACCAGUCUCAUCACCAGCAGCAACAGGCUACAAAGUCACAUGAGAAAAGUUCCAUCCCUAUACCUACAAUCAUUAUUAAAGCCCCAUCAACCAGUAGUAGCGGAAGGAGCAGCCAAGGUAGUAGCAUGGAGGCUGAAACCCAGCCAGACCCUAUUCCAUCUCUGCAGUUGCGGGAUAAUAUUGAUUUUACAAGCCAGUUUGGAGCAGCCAUUGUCGGUGCAGCACGGCGGGACCGUGAGUGGUUUAAUGAAGCCCGCCGAAAAUCUGCUCUUUUUCUUUCUACAGAUGAAGACACAGAACCCACACCCGCCCCAAGGUUGAAGCAUUCCAAGUCUAUUGAUGAGGGUAUGUUUUCUAGUGAACCGUACCUGCAUUUGAAUGUUCCCACCAAUUUUGGGGCACCUGUAAAUAGAGACGUUACUAGUGGGUACUCCUACCAGUCAAAAACUGGAAAGGGAUAUGGCCCUAGUACCACUAGUGCUUUUAGUACUGUGUGUUCUACUUUUUUACCACAGCUACAAUCAUGCUCCAGUCCAAUGUCUAAUGUUAACCCAGGUGGAGGAAGUGGUCCGCUUAUACAUCCCUUGACUGGGAAAAUCCUGGAUCCUAGUUCUCCUUUAGGACUUGCUUUAGCAGCACGAGAAAGAGCUUUAAAAGAGUCACAGCAGCAUAGUAGAAAUGAAAUCGAAGAGAGAAAGUCCCGUCCAUCAUCUCCACGUUUUGCAGAACAAAAGUCUCCAAUAGAGUCCCGAUGCAGCUCUCCUCAUAGACUCUGGGAGUCAGGACCCACAAAAAGAAAAGAGAUAGAUUUCAAGCCAUGUAUGGUAUCCCCAGCUGGUGAAAGAAAGUCAGACGAGAGUUCUGGUCAUCGGUCUCCUGCUCUCUUGUUGCUCCAAGGAGUAGAACACGGCAAAUCCUGGGAUAAGAGAACAGAAGGCCCAGAAAAAAUAGAACUUCAUGUGCGCUUCAUGGAGAACUCCACCCACAAAGAUGAGGAAGAUCAUAAUAAAGUUUCCUUUUGUAAGGAAAUAAAAAAUGAAAGACCAAUGUCCAUCCCAAUUGUAAACCACACCCCAUUACCUAGCACAAAUUCAGAAACUCAUGAAUCCAAUUCCAAAGAGAAUGGACUCCCUUUGUUAGUCCUUCCUCCCCCAGCACCUUCAAUUGAUGUUGAUGAUGAUUUUUUAUUUACAGAGCCCCUCCCACCACCCUUAGAAUUUUCAAACAGUUUUGAUAAGCCAGAUUCGCCCCCUGGUGCAUCAGGUGGGAAUUCUACCCUUCCUCCUCCUGUGCCCCCACCACCUCCUGACUCGGGUAGCACUCCCGCUUUAGACUCUACAACCUCUAGUCUCACUUCUUAUGACAGUGAAGUAGCCAACUUAACCCAGGGGACAUCAGAACUUAAAGAACCUCACGUCAAUUUUUCCUCUGUUGUGUCAUCAAUUCAGAUACCAGCAUCGGACACUAUAGAGACAGUCACUGAUUCUGGCAUUGAAGAGAUCGAUAGUCGAAGCAGCAGUGAUCAUCAUCUAGAGACUAUUAGUAGUGUCUCAACCUUAUCAAGUAUGUCUGGACUUUCCACAGAAGGAACAGAACUACUGGACACAUAUAUAACUUAUCUAGAUGGCCAAGCAUUUGGUGCUGAUAAGCCUGUUGUCCAAAAUAAGAUCCGGUCUAGAACAUUCCCAAGUAGAACACCUGGACUACUUAGAGAUCCCAUUACUGCCACCAGUACCGCCAUUUCAGUUUCUCCCUGCUCAGAAAAUGUCUUUACUCUGACACCAUCUAAAGGACAUUCACCUUCACUCUGUGCUCCCUCAGAGCCAGCCAAGGAUUCUCAGAGGAAAUCUCCCACGCUCCCAUGGGAGGACUACUCCCAGGAAAAAAUCUCUCCAGUAUCUUCAGUUAAGUCAAAUAUGAUGACUGAGUUAAGUUCAAAGCUUCAACACAUGAGUGGAGUUUCAUGGUCCAGGCCGCCAGAAUCUGCAGUAUCAUUUACACCUGAAAGACCGAGUUCCCUGCAGAGACACAGGAUAUCUGAUGACUCUGCUGCUUCGCUGAUCUCUUCUAAACCAGUGAGCAGUUUAUUUCAUAACUGGCCUAAGUCUCCACAGCCUACUCCAAAACAUCCCAAAAGUGUGGAUUUUGACAUUCGACCUACCUUGAGAAGAGCACCAAGCCCGUCAGCCUUGCCCACGGAGCACAAAAUAAGUCCAACUCCACGACCUUCUUCUCUACCCAUCUUGCCUUCUGCCCCUGUUUACACAGGGGUCUUUGACCUGAGAGGCUCCCCCACAGCUGGAGGAGAUGCUUUCCCUAGCUUCCAAACGGGCAGUAGGUCCCUAUCUCCAACUCAUUUCAUUCUACCCCCCACUGAGAAACCAUUUGCCUCUAAGCCCAUUCAUUUUUGGACAAAAUAUGAUGUGGCUGAUUGGUUGGACUAUUUAAAUCUUGGGGAACACCGAGAACAUUUCUUAGACAAUGAAAUUGAUGGCAGCCACUUACCAUCACUGACCAAGGAGGAUUACAUUGACCUGGGUGUUACAAGAGUUGGCCAUCGAAUGAACAUUGACCGAGCUCUGAAAUUUUUCUUGGAGAGGUGAUUUCAAGUCAUUUGAUUCCUAGUUACUUCAUCUUUGCAUCCAUCCCCUCAAACCUAAAAAGGUUUGGUGCAAGGUCCUGGAAGAGGAGAGUAUGAAUGUACUUUACUUUGAGUCAAAAUGAAAAGCAAAACAAGAACAACCUAUAUAUAUAUAUAUAUAUAUAUAUAUAUAUAUAUACAUUUAUUUAUUUAUACAACAUGCACAGAAUUUUCCUGAAAUGAUUGAUUCACCAGCUGCUUAUUUUACUAUAAGGGGGCAAUGACGGCUUCAUCUUGAGCCAUGAUGUACAUUCAGGCGCUGGAGGCACCAAUGAAUAAGGAAAUCGCUCUAGCACUGUAGUGUUCCAUUUUCACUGUGCCCGAUUUUUCUGUUUCUUGCAUCUUUACUGUCAACAUAGAUGUGUAGGCAGAAGGUCAAAUGCAUUGCUUGGAAAGAGAUUUCAAUACUACUGUAAGAGGGGAGAAUAGGACAAAAGAUUGAGGCAUAAGCAGAGUCUUCCCUAAAGCUAUCGAUAGUCGAUAUAUUGUGUGUGUGUCAGACAAUGGUUUUAUACAAACAUCUAGCCAAACUAUAUUUCAGGAGAUAAACGUCAACAUAACCUUUAUUUUCCUUGAGUUUAGCUGCCACUUAAUCAUGGUCAAUGAGUUUGAGAACAUGGGACAACAUGCUUCUCUUACUGUUGUUGGGGUGGCCUACUAAAGUUUUUCCUGUUAGUACUGAACGAACUGUAUAGGACUGAUACCAGUACAAAAACAAGAGCGCUGGUUUACCAUUCCUCCCCAUUCUCAUCCAAUUUGAGGCAUUAUAUUUUUCAACCUCUUUACAAGAGUUGCUGAACUGAGCCAGUUAUCUGAUGGAACCGAGCAUUUUUAGCUUACUUUAAAAACUUUUGUUUUAUGGAAUGUUGCAUAGGAUUUUGAAGGACACAUGGGCAGGGAUAUUAUAAGAGUAACCAGUUGUGUGUAAAAGGGAUGAGCAUUAGAAAGUCAAUUGAUUGUUUUCCGAAUUAGACUAGACCGUCAUUUCAUUCCAUAUCGGCAAGUGUACCAAGGAUGUGCCAGUGGGAGCCAUCUUCUUGAAGCUUGGCACUUUACUGAAAUCUAAUGGCAGAAGCUUGAUCUUGUGCACCAAGUACUGAUUAUUAGUGAUGUCAUUAUUUCUUAGAAUAGACAGGUACUGUACUGUCUCAUUCCUCAGUUAUGUCACUGCCAGUACCGUAGCUGACAGGAUGCCUAUAGAUUGGCUGGCACUGGGUACACAUAAAAGUUCACUUUGCUAAGAUUUGCUGUAUGUCAUUUUACGUUAAGUCAGUAGUUCCCUUUUAAAAAACAACAAACUAUCAAAUAUUGUUUCUAAAUGAACAGAUUAUACUGUUGUGUACAGCAGGUAAAUACAGCCCCUGUACUUUUCAAAGGUGACCUGACUAUGGUAUGAUCUGCCUGUUUUUGCUAGGGUAAGAGGACAACUUAUGAUAUGCCUAUUGAAAUCAAUGGUUUGCUAAAAACCUAUCCUCCAGGAUUAAUAACUUAAUUGUUGCAAUGGUUCUUUAGUGUGCCCGUUAGAGGGUAUGUGGAGCAGACUGAGGCCUUUACAUCCCAUGGUGGAGAUCCACGACCAUUUUACUGUUAGUAUUGUAGGAGUAUUGGACAUUUUGAUGCUGUCCAGAUAGAUAGAUAACUCUUGCUUGAGUAGAUUUAUAAGAGGUGAGAUCACUAUUGACAAAAAUUACAAUAUGAAAUCCCACCUUUGCUUCAGGCAAUUGGUUGCAUAAAGCAGAGAACCCCUUAUAGGAACAUUGCAAAUGACAUGAGGCAAAUCUUAACAGAAGUGAACCUACAUUUUAGUCCACAAUGUGACCACAUUAUAGCAUCUGUAUUACAGCUUCAAGACUAGGACGCCUAUUUUAAAGUGACCUGAAUUUAGAGCCCAGCAGGGUUUUAUAGUUAUCUAACUUUAAUUCCACUGAACCACAGGGCGUCCACAAGGCUGUAAAAUGUUUGCUAAUAUAUGGCGCAUUAUGGCUAUUCACAUACAUACUUAAAUGUGAAAUGUCAAUCUGAAUUCUUAAUAGGUUGACCUACAAUAAAAUAUUGUAUUUUCUGUUAGAUCACACAAAACAAUAUUUUUCAAUUGAAAUCUUUUUAGCUUUGCUGGUGCUCUUUUUAUUUCCUUUCAGAACAUCCACCUAAUGUGGACUGUGAUCAAUAACAUUAAGGCAAAUAUAGAACUCACUGAACCUGAAUCUAAUAAUUUGGCCUUUGGUCCAUUCAGUCUUAUAAAUGCCGAUUUGCUUUCCAAAUGUUCUGAUUUCCCAGAGAAGUCUGGAAUGAGACUCUGGACUGAACACUUGGAACAUCUUUUGCAAGUCUAAAUAAAUCAUCAGGGUUGGGUGAAAAUUACUGUAAGUUUGCCCAACUCUAAUGUCCAGCCCUGGUUAAAGGAAGACAUUUAUAUGGUCAAUAGAAGGAAUCACUCCCCCACCGAUAUACAAGAGGAUCCGUGUGGUGGGACUGAACGUGUUACCACCAGCAUUGGACAUGUGAGGUGGACAUUCUGAGAAUUAACAAAAAAAUUUAAGAGUUUGAGUGAUCUCAAGUAUAUUGUGGACAACCCCUUUAAAUAUUGAUCUGGUCUCAGAUUACAACCAAUAGCAAUUUUUAGAAUCUUCGAAAGGAUGCAAUGAAUGGUCUUUUAGACUGAACUGUGGAGACGGUCAAUCUUUCAUUAUGUAUCAUAACCUUCAUUGGUCACUUCUAUAUAUUUAGUAGUCAAUGCACUCUCUUUUCCUCCUUAGCCAAAGCCGAAAGACCACUGUGCUGUUGUGACUGAGAUUCCUUUACUCUCAGACACAACAUUGUCUUAGUUUUUUUUUUUUGUCUCAUGCUUUCUAUUUACAUUUCUUGAAGAUUGUGGAUGACUGUGUGGUCAGGCUGAUUGUCUGCUUGGAGAAGUCUCAAUGUUAACUAUGAGGUAUAGAGAGGCACUUGAGGAAUUCAGUGGAUAUCUGGUAUUUAUAGCCUUAUUUUCUAUUAUUUUAUCAGUUAUAUAUGCAUGUAUGAUGCACCGGAGACAACACAGUUGAGCCGAACCACUUUGUGAUGUAGUGAGAUAGAUAUGUUGUAUAGACUAUCAUAUAUUUAAUGCCACUUUAUAAGGAUGUUUUAUUCCUGGGUACAGUGAUAGUUUAUUCUGCUAUACUUGACAAGGGCAAAUCUUCUUGAGUCACAGCUCUUUGGUACCAUCCCUUAUUUACCUAUUGAAUUUUUGUAGUAUAGAAUGCUUGCUAUCACUUGUUCACAUGUGUAGUAAGAUAUAAGGAAACUGUAGAAUGAGACUGUAGAAUUGAAGUUACUGAAUAGCUACCUGUGAAAGCCAAAGACUGAUUUCAUAAUGUGGCACUCGCCCAUGGCCUUUCUGUAACCCCAUGCUUUGUGCUUUCCUGUCAUAUGGAGUCAGAAGGAAACAUUGAACUUGGUCUUGCUGCCUACAAUUGAGGUCCCCAACCCAGUCCUCAAGGCCCACCAACAGUCCAGGAUUUUCCCAUUUCUAUUCUAAUGGAGUGACUGAAAAAACCUGGAAUGCUGGUGAACUUUGAGAACUGGGUUGGGGAUCGCUGGCUUCAACAACUAAUAGGGGAAAUUCGUUUGUCAGACAAUUUUGAUAAAUCAGGCCAUAUUUCUUAUUUAUAUGGAAAACAAAUUUAUUGAACAAUGUUUAAUCCGUAGCUUCCAACAUUUAUGUAGGGGGAUAUUAAAGGAGUUCUUCGGGCAUCUUACAUUGAAUGUCUUUUGAUGGUGCAACCCUUCUGAUCAGCCAUUAAGCAGACCUGCGGCUCCAACAUAUACACAAUAUAUUGUGUAGUGGUGGUGCCAGGUUGUUGCAGUUCUGCCCUGCAGUAUCCUGGUGUCACCACUACACAAUGAAAAGAGCCAACUGCUUUCGACAUGUUCAUUAUAAAUAUACCACAAUUAGCCAGAGCUCUGUCAAACAUCUGAUCGUCGAAAGAGGGAGGGGGUGGUUGCCGGUUUUUGUCAUUCCACCAAGUAGACAUUGAUGGCCUAUCCCGAUGCCCCGAGAACCCUUUUAAAUCCUGUUGACCCACCUGGACCCCUUCCCUUCAGCUGCCUGUAAUUUUAAUGCAGAUUUGUUCUCUCUUUGUGGGACAGUCCUGCAAAAAAACUAAAUGGGAAUGUUGGGAAGUAUGUUGAAUCAAUGAUAUAUAUAGUAGUAGUAGUGUAUAUACUAGUCUCCAUACAUAAACUAAGGUUGAAGUUGUAGGUAGGAGCUUCCCUGGCCUGUUGUAUUAUUAAUAAUAUUAUUAUUAUUAUCGUUAUUAUUGUUAUUAUUAUUAUUAUUAUUAUGUUUUUUGUUAAGAAAAUCCCUAUUCUAUUUCUCUUCCAAAUACAUCCAGCGGCCUAAAGGUUAUCCAAAAAUCAAUGUCAUGUUGCUCUUAACUGGAAACCUUUAUACUUUUUAUAUAUGGUGUUUGGUAUUUGCUUCUUCGACAGACUGUACCCUAGUGAAAAACAACAGGAGAAAGAUCUUUCACAAGAUUUCCAAAUCCUCUGGUUCUUCAAGAUGUCAGGGAUAUGAUUCAUACUGGCACUUUGUUGUGAUCAAAAUAGGCUGAUUUUUCUUUCUUUCUCCAACAGCCCAUUAUCCUGUCUUAAGGGCUCGGAAUUACAUCACUUUUAGCUAUUUUUAUCAUUUUAUCUCAUCGCCAAUAUAGAGGAUAUUGAUGUUACUGAAAAAAAUAUAUAUAUAUUAUAUAUCUAUCUAUAGUAACAUAGUUCAUAAGGUUGAAAAAAGACCAGAGUCCAUCAAGUUCAACCUAUAACCCUAAUGAGUCCCUACUGAGUUGAUCCAGAGGAAGGCAAAAAUCCCUCAUACUCGAGGUAAAAAUUCCUUCCCGACUCCAAAUAUGGCAUCAGAAUAGAUCCCUGGAUCAACCUUCUGUCCCUAUAAAUUUAGUAUCCAUAACCUGUAAUGUUAUUAUUCUCCAAAAAUGCAUCCAGACCCCUUUUAAAUUAUUUCACUGAGUUAACCAUGACCACCUCCUCAAGCAGAGAAUUCAAUAGUCUCACUGCUCUUACAGUAGAGAACCCCUGUCUGUGCUGGUGUAGAAACCUUCUUUCCUAUAAAUGUAGAGGAUGCCCCCUUGUUAUAGAUACAGUUCUGGGUACAAAUAGAUCAUGGGAGAGAUCUCUGUACUGUCCCCUGAUAUAUUUAUACAUAGUUAUUAGGUCUCUCCUAAGCCUUCUUUUUUCUAAACUAAGUAACCCUAAUUCUGAUAAUCUUUCUGGGUACUGUAGUCUUCCAAUUCCCCAUAUUAGCCUGGUUGCCCGUCUUUGAACCCUCUCCAGCUCCACUAUAUCUUUCUUGUACAAUGGUGCCCAGUACUGUACACAGUAUUCUAUGUGUGGUCUGACUAGUGAUUUGUACAGUGGUAGAAUUUUUUUCUUUUUCGUGGGCAUCUAUGCCCCUAUUGAUGCACCCCAUGAUUUAAUUUGCCUUGGCAGCAGCUGCCCGACACUGGUCACUACAGCUAAAUUCGCUAUUAACUAAGACUCCCAGGUCCUUUUCCACGUCAGUCGUCCCAAGUGUUCUCCCAUUUAAUACAUAAUUCCAGCCCAGAUUUUUCUUCUCCAUGUGCAUUACCUGACAUUUAUCAGUGUUGACCCUCAUGUGCCACUUCCCAGCCCAAACCUCCAACCUAUCCAGAUCCAUUUGUAACAGUGCCCUGUCCUCUAUAGUGUCUACCGCUUUAGAGAGUUUAAUAUCAUCUGCAAAGAUUGCUACUUUACUAUUCAACCCCUCUACAAGAUCAUUAAUGAAUAUAUUAAAUAGAACAGGACCCAAGACUUACCCCUGUGGUACCCCACUAGUAACAGGCACCCAAUCAGAAUAAGUACCAUUAUUAACCACCCUCUGUUUCCUAUCACAGAGCCAGUUACUUACCCACUUGCACACAUUCUACCUCAGCCCAAUCCUUCUCAUUUUAUGCACCAACCUUUUAUGUGGCGCCGCAUCAAAUACUUUGGAAAAAAUCCAGAUAUACGACAUCCAGCGAUUGCCCCUGGUCCAGUCUGGAGCUCGCCUCCUCAUAAAAGCUGAUCAGGUUAGUUUGACAGGACCGAUUCCUCAUAAAGCCAUGCUGAUAUGGGGUCAUACAUUUAUUUUAAUCAAGAUACUCCAACAUAUCAUCCCUUAAAAAACCCUCAAACAAUUUACAUACAACGGAGGUUAAACCAACAGGCCUAGAAUUCCUGGGGUCACCUUUUGACCCCUUUUUAAAUAUUGGCACCACAUUUGCCAUGCGCCAGUCCUGGGGAACAGUCCCUGUCACUAUAGAGUCCCUGAAUAUAAAAAAAAAUAGGGGUCUGUCUAUUACAUUACUUAAUUCCUUUAGAACACAGAGCACUGGGGUGAAUGCCAUCUGGACCUGCCGAUUUGCUUAUUUUGGUUUUUUUGUAGGCGGCACUGUAAUUCUUCCUGGGUUAGACUGGUGACCUGUACUGGGAAGUUUACCUUAUCGCGCUGUAUUUUAUUCACCUGGCAUUUCAUUUUCCUCGGUGAAUACAGUGGAUAAGAAUUUGUUUAAUAUAUUAGCUUUUUCCUGGUCCCCUUUUAUAAUUUCUUCUUCAGGGUUUUUUAAAGGGCCAACACAUAGUUAAAGAACAUUUUGGGGUUAGUUUUACUCUCUUUGGCAAUGAGUCUUUCUGUCUCUAUUUUUGUGGCUUUUAUCAGUUUUUUUUUUUUUUUUACAUAUAUUACAUUUUUCUCUAUAGCUUUUUAAUGCUUCUUCACUGCCGUCCUGUUUUAGCAGUUUAAAUGCUUUAUUUUUGUCAUUUAUUGCACUCUUAACAUUUUUUUAUUUAUCCAUAUUGGUUUUCUUUUAUUCCCUUAAGGUAUAUACAUCUUACAGUGAGAAUUUAAGAAAUGUUUAAGUCUCCCAUUUAGUGUCAGUAUUCUUGUUUUUGAGGACAUUAUCCCAUUUUAUAUUGUUAAGGGCUUCUCUGAGAUGAUCAAACUUUGCCUUCCUAAAGUUCAUUGUUUUUGUGUCCCCUCGAGAGAUUCCCUUAUUGAAGAACAAGCUAUAAUGUAUUCCAGUAGGGCGCCCCCUCUGGUCGGGCCCUGCACCAUUUGGGACAGAUAAUUGUCUUUAGCUAUAGUCAGAAACCUGUUUCCUUUAUGAGAAUCACAGGUCUCAGUCUCCCAGUUUAUAUCAGGAUAGGAUAGUUAAAAUCCCCAUUAUUAUCACCUCAUUCUGAUUUGCUACCUUUUUUAUUUGCCUCAGUAAUAGAUAUUCUUCCUCUUCUAUUAUGUUUGGUAGCUUAUAGCAAAUCCCUAUGCAAAUUUUUUUAAUUUUUAUAUCCUUUUUUUUCUUCCAAUAAUGACUUCACAUAUCCUCCCGCAGUGCGGCCUUCAGACUCGACUUCACAUAAAGACAAACUCCUCCCUCUUUCUGUUUUGGCCGAUCCUUCCAGAAUAGACUAUAACCCUGUAUGUUGACCACCCAGUAACAACUAUCAUUCAACCAAGUCUCUGUUAUACCCACUAUGUCGCAAUUUUCCUCAGACAUCAACUACUCCAGUUCCUCUGUUUUAUUGGACAGACUUUUGGCAUCAGUCAACAUGCAAUUCAAAGGUGUAUAUUUUUUCUUCCUAUGAAGCCUAUCCCUAUUAACUAUUCUAACCCCUCCCUCCACUCCACCCCCAAGUACAUCAAUAAGUUCCCCCUCUCUAUCUACACUAUCUUCCCCCAUCUAUGUUGUAGGUUCCCUUCCCCCCAGUCCCUAGUUUAAACACUACUCCAAACUUCUAACCAUCUUCUCCUUAAGCACAGCUGCACCUCCCUAUGGAAGAGCCGGUAUCAGACAGCGAAGUCGGCCCAGAUCUCCAUGAACCCAAACCCCUCCUUCCUACACCAGCUUCUGAGCCACUUAUUUACCUCCCUAAUCUCCCACUGCCUCUCUGGUGUGGCUCAUGGAACAGGUAAUAUUUUAGAAAAUAUUACCUUGGAGGUCCUUGCUUUAAGCUUGCGGCCUAAGUCCCUGAAAUCAUUUUUAAAGACACUCCACCUACCUCUUACUUUGUCAUUGGUGCCAAUAUGUACCAUGACUGCUGGGUUCUCUCCAGCCCCACCCAGCAACUUGUCAACCCGAUCCGUUAUGUGCCGAACUAGAGCACCAGGAAGACCCUGUGCUUUGUGACAGAUCACCCUGUCUGUCUCCCCUAAUAAUUGAGUCCCCCACUCAAUAACAAAUACACUCAAGAACUGUCUUCCAGAUAACAGAGGGCAUCAAUCUAUUAUUCUUUUCAGUUUUCAUAUUUAUAAAAAUAGAAACGGUAAUGUCCAAUUAAGUGCUAUUGUUGCAGAAUUUAAAACUGAAUAGUGACAUUUUGUUUGCAGAGUAUAUUUAUUAGGUAGUCUGGAGUACUACGCAAUGAAAUGUUACCCAUAGCACCCCUUUUUGGAAACAAAUAUUUGUGCUCAUUAUUGUUGAUUACUUGUAGUUUCAAUAUAGGAAAACACUCAAUUUAAGAGACUGAUCAAGUUGUUAAAGGAGUACUCCGCCCCUAGACACCUUAUUUCCUAUUCAAUGGAUAAGGGAUAAGAUGUCUUUUAGCGGGGAUUUUUUUUUUUUUUUUUGGGGGGGGGGGGGGUUAUUAGAUUUUGAUUAUUCGUUUAUUGAAAAUUAAACUAAUGUGUACUUGUGGUUGUGCCAACUGGGAGAGCCUGAGCUGAUCAUUUUUGUAUCGUAUGGACAGCUUAAAGGGAUUGUGUCACCUACAUUUUUUUUCUGAUUAGAGUCAGAUACUAAAACAAGUUCUUUUUUUAUUUUAUUUCCUGAUUUUAUUUUUAGAAAUUUUUUGAAGUUUUUGUGUAUUUUUACGGGGGCUGCUAUCUUUGCCUGAGCUGUUUUUAACAGCAUUUGGUUAUAUGCUUUACAGCAGGACUCAUGGGCAUAGAGGAGAAUAGACAGGACCUGUCCCAUGCAGAUCAAUUGCGACAUUUUCAGAGGUCAUUCUACAGGGAAGAAAAGACUGUUCACUGAGCAAAAGCUUUUGUGUGUAUCUAUCUUAUUGGUGUCACCUUUCACUCUACUCCUUGUCUGUUCUGGGAAGAAAGGCAUUCCUGGGAAAUGAUCUGUACAGAACGGGAAGUCGCAGUUUAGUUUUAGCCCUAGUGGCCAGAAUGGAAACUACAACAUUUCUUAAUAAAAUAUAGAUAGAAAAAUGGAAAUUUAGAAAAACAUCCUAAAAAAAUUCUUAAAUUAUAGGAACAGGUAAUUUUCUGAUGACACAGUCUCUUAAAGGAAAGGAUACCAAAUUUCAACUGUCAUCAGAUUGAUAAAUUUUAUGCCCAUCUUUUUUCCCUUGAUAAAUUCCAUAAAAAUGGCCCUUCAUCCAAAUUUUUCCACGUGUCAGUUUCCUAUUACAGAGAUCACCAAGCCUAUAUCAUGGUGGAGGCUAAAAUGGUGAGAUACAAAUCCCUUUUUUAUUAACCGUAAUUGUCUUAUAUAGGAGGAAGAGGAAAUAUGGCUUCAUUAUAAGAAACUGGCUGGUCUGGAUUUUACAUGCUUUUGUGAAAAAGACCCAUGUGGAUUCCAGUUUUAUGCCACAUCCUGGCUGGUAUACAUAUACUCCAAUAUUUGGCAUGUUUGGUUUGGUUUGUUUGUUUUUGAUUUGUUUUUGUACAAUUCAUGGCAGAAUUGGGCCUUGUUUUUCUUAAUCCCCAUAUUGUAUCAUUAGUUAUAUGCAUAUUUUUUUCACUUCAUGAAGGGGUCAUCUAUGAUUUGAAGACGAGGUCUAUGUUUCUUCUCAAAUUUUGCCACUCCUUUUUUUUUUUUUUUUUUUUUUUUACAGAGGACCCAGGGUGCUGCAAAAGUAGAAAAUAAAGUAAACUCACCUUCCCUGAUCCCUCGAGACUGCCAUUCCAACUCCUUCCUGUUUCUGAUGACAUAUCAACCCUGCAUGAAUUGUCUGCUCAGCCAAUCACUGGCUAAUCACACAAAGACCUC